AUGCUAAUCGAGUUCAAAGUGCACCGUUAUCUAAGUGUAAAUCGCGGACACGCUAUGGCACCAAAACCCGUUCUCUACAAUUACUACCGGAGCUCAUGUUCCUGGCGUGUGAGGACAGCACUGGCACUUAAGGGCAUUGAGUACGUGAAUAAACCAAUCAAUUUGGUUUCAUCAGAACAAUUUUCGCCGGAGUUUCGGAGUCUGAAUCCCUGCCUACAGGUGCCCGCACUGGCCAUCGAUGACAGCACAAUACUGGUCGAGUCGAUGGCUAUCAUUGAGUACAUCGACGAGGCCUACAAGAGUACGGGUCCGCCACUACUGCCCAAAGAUCCCGUUUUGAGGGCUAAGGCCCGGGCUAUUGCCGAGGCUAUCGUGUCGGGUAUACAACCCCUUCAGAACCUCAUUGUACUGAAAAAGAUCGAUGAAAUCAAAGCUAAGGAUAAAAUCGGGUUGGUUGGAGGGGUGGCUCUGUUUGAAGGCCUCGACGGUCAACAG